AUGGGUCUCAUCGCGUAUUUGCGCAAAAAACUGUCAAAACGUGGCGAGCUGGAAUGGAAACGCGAAAUCGAAGCGCAAUUCGCCGCUUCCGACACGACCGACGCGAUUCUUCUCGUCGAUUCGGGACUCGGCACCGAAAAAGUCCGAUUCCAUGUCAACAAAGCGGUAUUUUGUAGAGGGAAAAUAGAAGAAUCCAAACAUUUUUUCCAGCAUCUUGCCUCGCAUUCCGACUUUUUCGAAUGUCUUUUCAACGGCGCGUUCAAGGAGAAGGACAUGUCGGAAAUUGUGAUCGCAGACGUGAAUUGCUUCAGUUUCGGUCAACUUCUCAAAAUCAUCGAUCCGAUAGCGCCGAUUAAACUGACAGGUAUGUUUUUCGAGGAUACAACCGGUCUAAUUUUACAAUUACAGCCGAAAACGCGUACACGCUUCUGGUGCUCGCCGAUCGAUUUCUGAUGCCUGCGGUUACGCGAUGCGUCGAGCGCUAUCUGUGUUCGAACACCGCGCACGAUUUGGUGGACAAAAUAAAAUGGGCGGAUUGGUUCGGAAUGAACAAACUGCUGUUGUGGUGUUUGAAUCAGUUCGAGACCGGCGUGGAGUUGGAAGUGAUGGUGAAGGAGAUCGGGAAUGAGAUUUCCAGUGAAACGCGGUCCAGACUCGAGUAUCAUUACCUCUACCUGAGAUUGAUUCAAUAUCACUGA